AUUCUGUAAUGUUACUUUCCCUGGUAAAAAUGUCAUUCUUCCCGCCGAAAUUAUCAGCUCUUAUUCAGCCAAAAUUAUUUUAGACACGUGUUCAUUAAAGUUUCACGAGUUCUCUAAAGAUCCCCAGCUAACUUUGAAAUGGAUGUAGCUGACGUUAAUGUUGGGCAACUUAGGGUAAAGGACGAAGUUGGAAUAAGAUGUCAAAAACUUUUUCAAGACUUUCUGGAAGAGUAUAAAGAAGACGGGAGAAUCAAGUACCUGCAGGGUGCAAAGGACUUGAAGACACCGGAACGGAGCACCUUGGAGGUUAACUUUGAAGAUGUCGACAAGUACAAUCCCAACCUUUCCACGUCAAUCAUUGAAGAAUACUAUAGGAUCUACCCAUACCUGUGCCAGGCGCUGGCCAACUUUGCGCGUGACCACGGCGACGCCGUCAAAGACAAGGAGUAUUACGUGAGCUUUGUGGACGUGCCGACGCGGCACAAGGUCCGCGACCUCACCACCACGAAGGUGGGCACGCUGGUGCGCAUAUCAGGACAGGUGGUGCGCACACACCCCGUGCACCCAGAGCUCGUGUCGGGCACGUUCGUCUGCCUGGACUGCCAGACCGUCGUCAAGGACGUGGAGCAGCAGUUUAAGUUCACGAACCCGACCAUCUGCCGCAACCCGGUCUGCAGCAACCGGCGCCGCUUCUUGCUCGACACGGACAAGUCCCUUUUUGUGGACUUCCAAAAAGUGAGGAUCCAGGAGACACAGGCAGAGCUGCCACGCGGAUGUGUCCCUCGCAGCGUGGAAGUGAUCCUGCGCGGGGAGACGGUGGAGUGCGUGCAGGCGGGCGACACCUACGACUUCACGGGCACGCUCAUUGUGGUGCCCGACGUGGGCGCCCUGUCGUUGCCUGGAGCCAAGGCUGAGACGGGCUCACGCCACAAGGCGGGUGACAACCAGGCGGAGGGCGUGCGUGGCCUCAAGGCACUUGGGGUGCGCGAGUUACACUACCGCCUGGCCUUCCUCGCCUGCUCCGUGCAGGCCACCAACCCACGCUUUGGAGGCUCCGACCUAAUGAUGGAGGAGGUGACGGCAGAGGUUAUGAAGGAGCAGAUGACAGACGCCGAGUGGAACAAGGUGUACGAGAUGAGCCGAGACAGGAACCUGUACCAGAACCUGGUUAAGAGCCUGUUCCCGUCCAUACACGGAAAUGAGGAAGUCAAGCGAGGCGUUGUUUUGCUGCUGUUCGGCGGGGUCCCCAAGACGACGAUGGAAGGCACGUCCCUGAGAGGCGACAUCAACUGUUGCAUCGUGGGAGAUCCCAGCACUGCCAAAUCACAACUGCUGAGACAAGUGGCGGACUUCAGCCCACGGGCCGUCUACACGUCGGGCAAGGCGUCGACCGCGGCCGGGCUCACGGCAGCCGUGGUGAAGGACGAGGACUCGUUCGACUUUGUGAUCGAGGCGGGUGCGCUCAUGUUGGCUGACAAUGGGGUGUGCUGCAUCGAUGAGUUCGACAAGAUGGACCUCCGGGACCAGGUCGCCAUCCACGAAGCUAUGGAGCAGCAGACCAUCUCCAUUGCCAAGGCAGGCGUGAGGGCAACGCUGAGCGCACGCACAUCGAUCCUUGCUGCGGCAAACCCCAUCGGUGGCCGCUACGACCGUGCAAAGUCACUACAGCAGAACAUCGCCCUCUCCGCGCCCAUCAUGUCACGUUUCGACCUGUUUUUCAUCCUGGUUGACGAGUGCAAUGAGGUGACGGACUACGCGAUAGCGUCCAAGCUCGUGAACCUCCACCGCAACAUAGAGGAGGCGGACCAGUGCGCUUACACGCGUGAGGAGGUUCUCCGAUACAUCACCUUCGCGAGGCAGUUCAAGCCCGUCAUCAGUGAGGACGCAGCGGACGACCUGGUGGAGCAAUACACGCACCUCCGCCAGAGGGACACGGGUGCUGGCAAGUCCACCUGGAGGAUCACCGUGCGCCAGCUCGAGAGCAUGAUCCGCCUGUCCGAGGCCAUGGCCAAGAUGGAGUGCUCCGACGAGGUGCUGCCGAAGCACGUGGCGGAGGCGUACCGCCUGCUCAACAAGUCAAUCAUCCGGGUGGAGCAGCCGGACAUCCACCUGGACGAUGAGGAUGGCGCGGACGAGCCCAUGGAAGUGGAUGCGAAACCCGCGCAAUCGCCCGCCGCCGAAGCAGGCAAGGAGGUGGGCGCGGACGGAGAGGCGCGGCCAACGACAACCAAGACGACGGCCAAGACAACUCUAACGUUUGACGAGUACAAGGCCAUGUCGAACAUGCUGGUGCUGCACUUGAGGAACCAGGAGGCGCUCGCCGAAAAGCAAGAUGGUACGAGCGCAGGCAUGCAGCGCAGCGAGAUUGUGUCGUGGUACCUGGAGCAGAUACAGGAGCACAUCGAGUCAGAGGAAGAGCUGCUGGAGAAGAAGGCGUUGGUCGAGAAGGUCAUUGACCGGCUCGUCUACCACGACCAGGUGAUUGUCGCGUUGACCACGAUAGGCCUCAAGGGUGAUGACCUGUCUCUGCAAGAGGACCCUGUGUUGGUCGUCCACCCCAACUACGUCAUCGACCUGUGAGCACCAACCCCAGGGGAGAGAGAGCCCCUAUCCCUUGUGGAGUCUGUCGGAGCACCAAGUGCAAUUGCCUGAACCUGAGUUGCCGAAAGGUGCAUCAGCUAGGGGUGGACUAAUGUAGAAACACUUGCCAAAUGCAGCUGGAGACUGUCUGCAAAUCUGUUCAAGAUGAGGAGAGACUUUUAUGACAGUUGUUUCAGCAAACGUUAAAAUUUUGACUGCUGAAAAUUUUCUUAUUACACCAAAAAAAUAAACACUGAUACUAGACCUGUGAGAAAACCCUUUUUUUUUUUUUAGUUCAAAUUUAAUAAAAAUGCUAAAUUAUUCACGAAUGAAAAUAUUAAAUUUAAAUAGUAAGAGUGAAUAUUUGAAUUGCACAAAAAAAUUUUAUUUUGAGUAAUAAUACAAUUAAUACUGAAAAAAAAUGGGUUGGCUUAAAUAAGCUACAAAAAUUAUAUUUUUAUUAAAAUAUUUACAUUGUGCAAAA